AUGCAAGCCAAAACUCUCUUCUCAUCUCUCUUCCUCUUGAUCUUCCUAUUUUUCCCAUCAAUAUCUUCAUCUGCUCCAACCCCGGCCAAAAAGAUAAAAUCUUACAAACCUUGUAAAAGGCUUGUCUUCUACUUUCAUGACAUUGUUUACGACGGCGAAAAUGCAAACAACGCGACCGCAGCCAUCGUAGGCGCCCCGAGAUGGGCCAACACGACGAAAAUGGCGGGACUCAACCAUUUCGGAGACGUCGUCGUGUUCGAUGACCCUAUUACCUUGGACAACAAUCUUCACUCCACCCCAGUAGGGAGAGCCCAAGGGUUUUACUUGUAUGACAAGAAAGACAUUUUCACGGCUUGGCUAGGGUUUUCUUUUGUAUUCAACUCUACGGAGCACAAGGGAAGCUUGAACUUUGCCGGGGCGGAUCCGUUGAUGAACAAGACUAGGGACAUUUCGGUCAUUGGAGGCACCGGCGACUUCUUCAUGGCUAGAGGGAUUGCUACUUUGAUGACUGAUGCUUUUGAGGGUGAAGUUUAUUUCAGGCUUCGUGUUGAUAUCAAGUUGUAUGAGUGUUGGUGAUCAUGAGAUUUACGUUACUGCCUUGUUCAUAACAUGAUUUUCCCUUUGUUUUUUGUUUUUUAAUAAUCAAAAAGUGAAAUGAAAAUCU